UGCGAUAUUGUUCAGUUCUUAUCCGUGGCCCGUUCCGUGUUGUUCGCCGUGCGGGUGUGUCUCCGAGUCUCUGCUCGGCCUUUUCCAGUGCAAGCAUCGCUCUCAGUCCGACCGAUAAUAUCAACAGAAAUAAACAGGGCAUUUUUUUGUCACUUCUACUUGCAAUUUAUGUCUCUAAUUAGAGAGAGCAACAGCAGCAAGAGGGAACAAAGGAGGAGCCAAGACAUUAGUGCGUGACACUCGGAUCUUGUGGAGUGCUGCGCAUCGUACAGGUCGCGUAUGACCGGGCCCCACCCCACCCCCCUGAGAGUCCUGGCCCGUGCCGGGUUCUCCACCGAUUCCACCGACCAUCGGUGGGCGCCUCUUAAUUUCGCGAAAAAAUAAACAUCGCGCCAAGCAAACAAAACACUCGAAAAAGAUCCCAAAAUCCGGGCACUGUGCCGAGCAGCGUACACAAAAAAAACCAAACAAGAAUUGAAAUUUAGGCCAAAGCGGAUUACCAGACAGCCGACAGUGGAAAAGCGGAAAAUAAAGCAAGCCCAAAGCCCAAGUACAAGCCAGUAGCAGGAGGUUCUCCUCCCAAGGCAAGGGAAAAGUGUGCGAAAAACGGGCAAAAAAUCACCCAAAAAAUAAAAUGAGAAAAACAACAAUAAGUGUGCGUGGAGAGAGUGAAAAGUGAAUUGCGGAAAAGCGUCAAAGACAGAUAAACAUUGUGUGAGUGCGUGAUAGGAGUGAGUGGGCGGGCAGGGCAGUAAAUCAUAUGGAAAUUUGAGCCCGUCAUGCGGACUCAUUAACGUUUUGCAGCGGGAGAGCCGAACCACAGAUUCAGCUUCAGCUUCAGCUACAGCACCACUCGAGUUGCGUGUGGGUCAUCAAUUAAUCCACUGCCAGCAGCAGCGGCUACCAACAACCACAGCAGCAACAGCAGCAACAAAACCACAGCUACAGCUACAGCAACAAAAAUAAAAACGGACAACGGACCAGCCUCGAAUCCCGCCUAAAAAGAAGCGCCCAUAAAAGCGCAAAUAAACAUGUAAAAGCACAUUAAGAAUCGGUGUGGGACAUUCGCUCGAUUUAAGCAACUUUAACUGCCACGAAAGCAACUCCAGCUGAUCUAAGUCGACGGACGACGGUCGACAGAGCCGCAAACAGACAUGCAUACGUGAAUGGCAGCUGAAAUGUUAUUUUUAUGGUCCAACUCUGAGCCAAAGAGUACAUUGGCGCUUCAUUAAAGGCAACGUCGGAAGCGGAAAUCGCAUUCAGAGCAGCCAUAACAACGCAGGACCUGUGUUUAUUGGCGCCACGUCAUCGCAGACACUGACACAAACACAACGAACAGACCAGGACAGACCACACCGCACAUGUAGAACAAGAACAACAAUUGCAGUCAAUUUGGGUGCUGUUGCUGGUGCUGCGGCAAUAUACGCCACUCCUACACUCUUUUGCACUCGUUUUGUUUCUUUGACAGUUUGGUCAAAUCGAAGUUUGUUUUAUAAAUGACGAGACGUUCUCGCGUUUGGCACAACGCACCGCAAGCUAAACAAAAUGACAGCCAUGCAGUUUUUAUUAGCAACAGCGACAACUGCUGGAACAACGAGAAUACCAGAAAUCAGAGCCACACCAUCAUCAAUGGAAACUACUUCAACAUAUUGCCAGCCGAAAGAACAGCCACACAAUUCGCAUCGAAAAACACGAACGAGAUGCACGUCCAUGUCGAGGACAUCCAUGCUGUGGAUGCGGAUGAGGAUGUUGUGGAUGCGAAUGCGAAAUCAAAUGUCGUUGGCGGACAAUGGCAGAACGAUUUGGGUGGUCGGCUGGAUGUUGACACUGUUGAUUUGCCUGCAGCUGAACACGGCGCUGGCGGACGAGGAGUCGCAGGAUUUUCAAAAGAACAUACCCGCCCGAUUGGUCUGGGCCGCUCUGGGCAAGACUGUGGAGCUGCCCUGCGACCUGACACCACCCACGCCCCAGGACUCGGUGAAGCUGCUGCUUUGGUUCAAGGACACCACCGGCAUACCAUUGUACAGCCUGGACUCGCGUGGCGGAAAUGUGAAAUUGGCUCCGCAUGCGGCCAUAGCUAGCGAUCUGGGGCAGCGUCUCUUCUUCAGCAUCGGCGAUAAUCCCAAGGAUUCCCGCCUGCAGAUAAACGACGUUAAGCCCGAGGAUGGUGGCGUCUACCGCUGCCGCAUUGAUUUCUUCAACUCGCCGACGCGCAACUUCAGGCACAACCUGACCCUAGUGGUGCCGCCCGAGGAGCCGCGCAUCUUCGAUGCUCAGGGCAAGGAGAUAACACAGCUGGCGGGGCCUUUCCGCGAGGGCUACGAGCUCUUUCUCUGCUGCCAAGUGAGGGGAGGUCGUCCUCCGCCCAAGGUUACCUGGUGGCGCGACGACACUGAGCUAAUCGGCACCAGCCACACCUCCGUGGAGGAGGGUGCCACCGUGAUGGUUAAUCAGCUGCUGAUUGGCACCACCACCCGCGACUUUUACGGCGCACGCAUCGAGUGUCGUGCCCAAGGCACACGACUGGUGGAUCCCGUCCGCAAGGAUGUCACCGUGCAGGUUCACUUGAAACCCGUUCGCGUGAAGAUCGUCACACCCAAUGAUCUGCUCACUGCCGGCCAUCCUAUGCCCAUUCGCUGCGAAUCCUGGGGCUCGUAUCCGGCGGCCAAGAUUGCCUGGCUGCUGGACGGCGAGCCCAUACGAAAUGCCGAGGUUACGGUGCACAGCGACAAGGAGGAUGGCAACAUCACGACCAGCAUUCUGACACUGAAGGUAACGUCGGAGAAUGACAACGCCGAGCUGACGUGUCGCGCCACGAAUCCUUGGUUCUCCGGUGGCGCCAUCGAGGACAAGCGUAUCAUACGUGUGGCAUAUCCACCCACUGUGUCGGUGCACUUGGCCAACGAGGAUCCCAGUCGUGUGGUGACGCGCGCCGAGGGCCAGAAUGUCACGUUCAAAUGCCGUGCGGAUGCCAGGCCUCCGGUUACCAGCUACUCCUGGUUCAAGAAUGGCAUGCGUAUGUCGGGCGAGAGCACGGACAUAAUGCACUUGACGCAGCUGGAGCGGGAGAGUGCGGGUGCAUAUGCGUGUGGGGCGACCAACACGGAGGGCGAGACGCGCAGCUCCAGCCUGACGCUGAGAUUGCAAUUCUCUCCACGCUGUAAGCCUGGCACUGAGCAAACAUCCAUUGGAGCCAUCAACAUGCACUCGAUACAGGUCAAAUGCGAGGUGGAUGCCGAUCCACCGGACUCCGUUCGAUUCAGCUGGACAUACAACAACACCCGCAACGUGUCCCCGGUGCUCAACUCGAGGAUACAAUCGAAUGGACUGGCCAGCACGGUGACGUAUCUGCCGCAAACCGACUCCGAGUUAAUAACGCUUGCCUGCUGGGCCAGCAAUGCGGUGGGACGCCAGACGACGCCCUGUCUGGUGCACAUUCUCCCUGCAAAUACUCCGGAGGCACCAAAGGCCUGCGAAUUGCGCAACGACACCAUACUGGAGGUGGUCUGUGUGGCUGGCAGCGACGGCGGACUCUCGCAAUACUUCAUGCUCGAAGUUGUGGGCGGAGAUCUGCUGUACUCCAGCGACUCGGGUGCGACGGGCCCCAACCAGGGACGUGGACAGUUUGCCGAGGCCAUUGGCCUGGGCGACAAUGAGAUAUCCACGCUGAACGAUCAGGCGACAUCUGCACCCAUCUUUCGCAUGCAGGAGAACAGUCCACAGUUUCGUUUGAAUAAUUUAGAGCCGGGACGUGAAUAUCAAUUUUUAGUUUACGCCGUCAACGCCAAAGGACGAAGCGAACCGCCGGUGGUGAUUGAGCGCGUACGCGUGGCCGCACAACUGGGACCAUAUGAUGAAUCGAGCGACCCCAGGGAGGACCCGACGCCCGCAGAAACAACGCAUCAUGGCGGCACCGGGCCGGGGGGCAGCAGCAGCGCUGGAGGCGUGGGCACCGGCGCCAGCAUAGGCAAUGGGCCGGAGAAGCAAUCCACGCUCCUGAUACUCGCCGCCACCGUUGUGAUAGGCGCCGUCAUUGUGACGUCAAUUAUCGUGGCCGGCAUCGUCGUCGUCUGCCGGCACAGGCCGCGGCCACCUGAGCCGCAGGAGGUGCGCAAGAGCAUGCGGCCGGCGCGGAACGAUGUGCCCAGCAUGUACAUCGAGGAGGACGAGCUGAAUGAGCUGGAGGAGGGCGGCGGUCGAGCGGCCGAGAUACGAGCGCGCGUAACACCCGUUAAUUCGCAUCUAUGCGGUGGGGGUGGCGGCGGAGGAGGCAUACCAGGCGUCGGCUCGAGUGGCGGUGCCAUUGUGGGCGUGGCCGGACCACAUCACUACAUCUCGGAGAGCUUCAUUCAGUACGCGCAGCCCAGUCUAAACGGCGAUGUGCUCCUACCUUUGCUUGUAACGUCCAGCCAGCCGGGCAACAGCGGCUACCGCCUGGCCUCGCCCGUCUCCGCCACCAUCUCGAACGUGGUUGUGGCCGUGCCACAGCUUCAGCCAGUUGCCACAGCAGCUACUGCUGCUGCUGCUGGGAGUGACUCUGCCUGGCCGCCCAAAUGUAUGCAAAGUAAAUUUUAUGUAACUAAAUCUGUGCAGCAGGCUGAAAGGCAACAGCCGCCCCCACUCAAACAGAAACUUGCCCAGAAACAGAAACAGAACCAGACCGAGACCCAGGAACAGGAACAAAAACAGAACCAGAAACAAGUGCAGUUGCAGCUGCAACUUCAGGCCCGAACACAGAUGGGCUGCCAUGUCUAAGCCAAGCUGCUGUCUGCUGUCCGCUUGGAGCAUUGGCUGUCGACAAGAGAGCUGUGGAGCUGAAUCCCAAAAAUAUAUUUAAUGAACCAUUCCAGCAAAACCAAUGGCAUGGCAUUUUUGCUUCAUUUCACAUUUUAAUUUGUCGUCCAUUUAGGAUCCCAAUUUAUAUUUCUUGUUGCAAAUGCUGCUGCUACGAGUAGCUGCUGAUGCUGAUGCAACAUUCAUGCAUUCACAUGUCGCUCAUCCAAUUUCCUUUAUUACCUUUGUGCACCCGAAACUAUUUUUGCUAGAUUUCUUCACAUGGUUUAUCUGCAAUGCAAAUGAAACAAAAAUUGCAAGAGAAUUUCCUUUUAUUUGCUGAAUUUGCCAUGAUUACGGACGGAGCGAGCGCCCUUUUGAAAGCUCUGCAAACCAGAAAAUUAGUCAGAUGAAGGGAUCACGGAUAUUAAAUAAAAGCUAAUUGAAGUUUAUGAGUUUUUUGACAGCCAUUUUGUUUGGCCACAAAAUUAGAGGCCAGGGAACAGGCGCACACACACACAGACAGCAACGACAAUACGAACACCAGAGAAUGCAGCAGCAGCAGUCAAAUAUUUUGUUUAAAAAGGGAUAAAUGCUGCAGAUCCCAGCUCUGAAACUGGGGGCAAGACAGUGAUGACAGUGAUGGGCCAUGGGAGCAGGGGACUGGGCACUGGGAGUGCGGACUGUUUGCGCAGUCUUUGUUUUUCGUUGACAUUUGUGUUUAUUUCUCUCUAUGCUGUCUGCCUCAACUCUCUCACUGCCCCCACGCUUCCCUACCCUGCAGCAGUGGCAAGCCUUUUAGACGUUUUGCAUACAUUUUUGAAGCGCAGGACACGCCAGUGCAAACAAACAUAUGUACACGAUUCUGUCUCUCCCCCUCUCCCUCACUCUCUUUGUGUGUGUUUGUGCCUCAGACAGCAACAAAUUUAGCAAAAUAUUCUGACAUUCCUCGGCCCCUGUGCCCCGCUCUGCCGUUCUGUUUACUGUGCGAGCUCAUGCAGACUUUGUUUUAACUUUGAAUUGCAUAAAUUUUAAUUAUUUCGAAAGCACUAAAUUAAAACGCAAAAAUAAGCACAAAGGCACACACACACACACACACUGGCACACUCAGACUCUCGCAAAUAGGGAGUCCGGGAGAGGCAUGCCGACAUGCUGGCAAAUGCAAAUAUUAUUUAAUGGGCAUAUGUGUCGUAUACGUGAUAUUAUUGCUAACACAACAUGGGGCCCGCACCUCGCUUGCGCCCCAGCCUCUGCUCUGCACUGCCCUGCUGGGGCUCAAAUGUCACAAAUUAGCUAAAUUUGAUUUUGUCAGCGAUUUAAUUUUAUAUUUUCAUUACUUUUUCCCCGCCUUCGUUUUGUCUUUUGCUCCUUCCUCUUCCACUUCCGCCCGCCUGUCAGCCGCCUUAAUUUAUGUGUGUGCUUGGGUGGGUGGGGGGUGCUCUGACACGACCCACGACACACACAUACAUUUGACUGUCAGGCGGGUGUAGCAGGGUGUGUGCAUAUUUGUAGUGUCCUCGUGUCCUCCCGUCAGCACAUAAACCAAGUCAACUGGCUUACAAGACACUAACAAGUGCCCCAAGUCACUGCUGAAGUGCGCCCAAGGAGCGCUCUGUCCAGACACGCUGUGCGAGUAGCUGUUACACCAAAGACGCAAAACUAAAGGGAACACAGUUUAGGGGCAGGCACUCCUCGAUGGGGGAUUACACUUACACGGCGCCCCACACAAGCAGCCCCAAAAAUGUCGCCUGUCAACGUCGCCUGUCUCUUGAAGCUCAAAUAAGAACUUGAAGUUGCAAUUCUGCAUUCUCCAGCACCCACACGGACACACGGACAGCUCUUCAAGUGUUAUGCUAUAUUUAAAUGUGUGUUUUUUUAUGUUUCAAAUGCAGCUUUACUUAGCUGCAAAGCGAAAUUGAAAUAAAGAACGCACACAUGCAGCACUGUAUCUCGGGGGCAGACAAGUGAGCUACUGCGAGCGACUGCGCCAUAUACUGCCAUCUUGGCAGUGGCUGUCAUUAGCCAACAUUUUUAAUUGCAUAUGCUAGUCCCUCGUGCCCUCGCAUUUCUCUGCCGCUCGCUCGCGUUUCAGGUGUCUGCCGGGAGCUGGAGCCAAAGCCAGAGCCGUAGCCCGGCCCCUUGGCGCAGUCAAAUUCGUUUGACUUUUUAUGCCCCACAGUCAUUGCUGCCACGCUCUGUUCUGUGCAUGUGUGGGGGGGAGAGGGAGACAUUUUUUGUUUCAUCGUUUGCUGCUUUUUUUCUGCGUUUCUGUGUGUGUGCACAUUUGUUUCAUUUCAUGCUGCUCCAUUCAUUUUGCUCGGCAUCUCUCUUUUUUUGUGUCUUAUUGUUGGUGUUGUUUGUCUUGCCGCUUGUACUGUCUGUCUGUUUGUGUGUGUGCGAGCGAGUCAAGAGUCGCGACGUCGACAUGCAGCGUCUGAGCAACAUUUGUGUAGCCUUCGUCCUUGUGCCAUCUUCAAAGAGUGUGUGUGUGUGUGUGCGCUCGCGUAUUUGUGUAGUAAGUAAUGUGAGUGGGUUGUAGGUGGUAGGUUUCUUGUGCACUUCAGCGCCACUCGUCUAAUUAGACAAAGUUAAGACCCAGCCACACACAGCAGCCACUCGAAAUGAGCACACGGUGCCAUUUUCUGUGGCCCAACGAGUGCCUAGCAUUAUCUUAAAGACUCCUUAAAGCAUUCAUGCCAUCCCUACACACGCUUUCUACUCGCACUUUGAUGUCGUCGUCCCGCAAAAAAUGCCACAGAAUUUGCUUGGGCAACAUUGUUUAUGUGGCCAUACGCACCAUUCUCACCCACAUUCUAUGCCACUCCUGCAGGAGCCGCAAUGUCAAGCGGCGUUCAUUCAUUUGUCGCCGCACUUCCGCUUCCUCUCUUCGCAUCAUCUUCCCAGAGAGUUUCUACAUAUACCCUGCAAGAAGGUAGCAUUCUGUGGUCUAGCAACUCCGAACCCUCUGGAGUAUUUCCUUGCCUGGAGAAGUCUGUGCAUGGGUUGACCACAUAUGUAGCUGCCAUACAAACGUUCCAUCCGCAAGGGUAUUAAAUGCUACUGUUCUUUGGUCGUUUUUUGUUUGCUUCCCACUUUGUUGGAUGAGGCCGUGACAUCCAGGCUGGCAACAUUUUUGCGACUUUUGACAUUUUUUAAUGCUGUCAGGCAUGGCGUGAAAGUAAACGUGAAGGGCCCACAGCCCACAGGGGCGACAUACUCGUACGCAGCAUAGUAGAGAUGAGAGCCUGCUGCUGCCUUAGUUUGUGCGUCUUUAUGACUCAAAGACGCCACACAAAUGUGACAUAAAAGGCGAUAAUAAUAAAAUAUCACACAGGGUGUGCUCUCUGUCGCUCUCUCGCCAAAUAACAAACUGCAAAAUCGUAAAGGACAAGCGGCAAAUGAAGGCUGGUGCUGGUGCUGCUGCUGAAUGGCGCUCAAGUUUCACUUGUGCCGCGCAGUCGGACCACAAUAAAAUGUAUUCCGGCAUAAAUUCCAAUGAAAUGUGCCAAUAAAAAUUAAGAAAUUGUUGAAUUAUUUUAUGUUUACGAGCGUUGACAGAGAGGUACAGGGGGUAGGGCUGGGUCCUAGUAAAGUGAAUAUUAAUAUUGAAAUGUUAUUGUGUUGUUCCGGUUUCUGGUGCUCGUAUUUGUUUGUGUGUGUCGUUCGUUCAAUGUUUUUCCUGUGCUUUUAUUAGUUGUUAUUUUCGUUUUGUGUUUCUCUUAUCAGCGCACAAAUGGUCGUCUGGUCACGCUUUUGAUAUGUAAUCGUAUUGUGCUAAUGGCUCUCUUUUUCUUUUGCUGCUCAAAUAAUAAUUUGCAACUGUUGUGAUGUCAUUUUUGCAAGAAAUAUCAACAAAAACCAAAAACCAAAAACCAAAAACGAAAACGAAACAAGCCCAAAAACUAAUCGGUAUAAAUAUUUUGCUUUUGUUUCUCUAAAACACACACGCACACCACACACACUCACACACUCAUAAACAUUCACUCUACCAUUUUUCACUCGCAUAAAUUUACACACACACACACACACACACGUAUACAUUCUUACAUAUGCUUCCGGCAUUUGCUGUUGAUUUUGUUUUAUAUACCAACCUACAAAAGUGUAUAUUGCAGACCCGGAUCUGAUAUUGCCGCGCGGCGAAUUGGAAUUUACGACCCUGGAUCCCACGCUGAAGUAAUUGUAAAAAGUAAUAAUAAAUAUCCGCCGUAGUGAACAACAACAAGCAGCCACAAUAGACACAUUACACACACACACACACACAUACACACAGAAAGAUACACACAGCCGAUCCGCGGUGAGAGCUCAUAAUUCACGGGCAUUUCAUUAAACAUAGCUGUAAAUUUUUAGCAUAAAUUUAAAUGCAUUAACGCAGGAAAAACGAAAAAAAAAGGGAAGGUAAGACGUGCUACGUACUGGUGGCUAUACGUAGGUACACACACACACACACACACAUAGUUAUAGGUUUAAGCCAUUUUGUAAUUGUCAGCCAUAUUUAAGUGUCAUACGAAACCAAAAAUCAAAAGAUUAAACCCGAAAUCGAAUUACUGCUGCUCUAUAAAUAGGCUAAAAACCAUUUGCAAACUAAAAUCAAAAGAUACCUAAGCAAAAUUGUAAAUAAAACAUCCAACAACUGGAGGGGAUUCGAAUGGAAAUGGAAACUGCAACGAAAACCGUUGCACCAUCAUCAAAUUGUACAUACAGAUAUAUAGAGAGAGAACGGGCAAACAUUAAUCAAACUGCAUUUAUAUGUUGAAUAUUAAUUGUAAUUAAUGAACAACUAGUCGAUAAGCAAUUAGCCAAAUAAGCCUUGUGUAUUUAAAGUGUAAUUAAGACUCCUAGAGCUGGAAUUAUUGGUAAUAAUCAAAUGUAAAUGCCAGAGCGCCAGCUCUCUGCCUCGAUGGACGGUGUGUGUGUGUUUGUCGGCCGUUCAAUAACGAUAUAGAAAUCCAUUAGUCGUUAGUGCCACAUCUUGUUAAUGGCCAGCUAAAAUUAAAAUGUUACCAAAAUUAAAUAUUUAUUCCGGGGCCUCAGGGUCCACGCCAUUCCGCACAUCUCUGGCUCAUCUGUGGGCCAGUUCCUGUUGCUAUUUAUACCAACAAUUCAUGAAUAUUCUAUUACCACAACAAGCCGAAUCGAAACGAAGAUGAAUAAUCAAGAGAGCAACCAGCAAAACACACACAAAACAGAGAGAACAAACCCUAAGUGGGCGAUGUUCGAGUGCUGUUCGAGUAAUGAAUAAAAUGUUGAAUAAACAGUCGCAAAAAAGAAACAUGCCAGUUACGAGAGCAUCGAACCACAAAAAGGGAACUACAACUACAACUAUAAAACUGAAUUCAUUGUAAAUGUUAUAAAUAACUAAGGUAACCGAGCGAAGAGGAGAGCAAAGCAGAGCGUAGAUAAUACUCGUUAUAAAACUAAUAAUAAUAAUUGUAAUAAUAAUACGGCAUACCAGUUUACACAAUACUCCAAUGUAAUUCGAAUUCUAAUUUCAAAUAUACAACAACAAC